AUGAGUGAUUCGGAGGGUGCUGUCGUGGAAGGCCCCUCGAGCAAGCCGCUGCUGAAACUACAACUGCUGGAGGUGCUACGCGAUGGGUCCUUUGAGAGUCUGUCGCAGCUGGUGGGCACACAUUUCAAGCCCAUGGAGAACCCGAUAGUGCAGGAAUUGGCGCCGCUGCUGCUGCACUACGCGGUGCAAGUCGCGCCGUUGAAGUUGAUUAAAGAGGUUGUCGCGAACUGGGUACGCAAGCCGGAAGUCUCGUUGUCUGUGGUCGGUGUGCCGCUGCAGUUAAACACGAGGGACGAGUUCGGGAACACUCCCUUGCAUCUGGCUGCGGCGCAGUCGAGAACGAAAGUCAUCGAGUUCCUGCUAGAACAGCCAGAUAUAGAUGAAACGGUGCUUAACGACGACGGGAGGAUGCCCAUCGACAUGUGUUCAAACUUGAACGUGGCGGACAUGAUGCAGAUUUAUAGGUCGAACUACGCCGCUGGGGUUAUCAAGGCCGCGUACGAGGGAUUCCAUAAGAGGGACUUCAAGUCCUUGGAGAAACUGUUCACGGAUAGCAGGAACAAAGAGUUCCUCGACAUCAACAAAUUCGCGCUGGAGAACUCGCACAGGUUUGUACUGUACGACUACGUAAAGAGGAAAGACGUGGAGAUGUGUCGGUGGUUGUUGGACCACGGCGCGUCCCCUCUCAUUAAGAACCCGAACGGGGUCAGCGCGCUGGACCUUAUCCGCCAUCAGCAGAAACACCAGCCAUCGGGGGCGAAAACGCAACUGAGCGAGCUGUUUAGCGCCAUGGUCGAGGAGGAACGUGUCCUGAACGCAACAAAGAGCCUCAAGGAGGCCCCCACGUACAAGGGCUAUUUGAAGAAAUACGCAAACUUGGGGAAAGGUUACAAACUGCGGUACUUCGUUUUGGACAGCGACGGGAAACUUUCGUACUACAAGAACCCUUCUGCUGUUGGUAGUCCAUGUCGCGGUAGUCUCAACUUAGCGUCAUGCGUCCUGCACAUGAACUCCACAGAGAAACUGAAGUUCGAGGUCAUCGGAGGCAGUAACAGUUCCGCGAAGUGGAGACUGAAGGGUAACCACCCAGUGGAGACGAAUAACUGGGUCAUGGUCAUCCAAAGUGCCAUCAGGUACGCGAAGGACAAAAACAGGGUCAAGAAGACGAACACGAACGUCACACCGGCAAUGGCCGUGAACGACCCAAGCAGCUCGUCCAUUGUAACGGAAAGUAUGAUCCACCACAAUAUGCAAGAGGCAAACGGUUGCGCCAACAAUGUCACCCCGGGCAGCAUACCUUUCCCUCGUGUGCACAGGUCAAGAACCAUUGAGGGCCCCUUCCCGAAAUCCCCAACACAGAUGAGCGCGAUGCGGUUCCCAAAUCGGAAAGCUAGCAGGUCCACUUCAAUUAACUCUGGUGAUGUAGAGAUGAGCAAAAACUUGACAGAGUCAGGUAAGAGCUACAUUACACAGGUUAUUGGGUCUCGCCUAGAGGGGUCUACUGCGACGCUGACAAAGCAUAAGUCGAACGACACCGUGGGAAUGAAACCCCUCGCUGCACCAGUAAAAUUGCCCGCGUUCAUGACCUCCAAUUCAGGGAUCUCGUACAUGAGCGGUGACAACUCGAGUGUCAGAUCGUUAUCUGCAGGGAGCGCCAAUGGGAACUCCGCCGAUGCAGUCGCAGGCGUUUACCAAGACGGUUUUGUCGACAACGAGGACACCGAUUCGGAGGAUGACGAAGACGCGGCCAUCUACGACAAGGACGAGGAAUACUUGAAAGUGGAGUACGGGCCAUUUGUGGAAAAGUUGAGCUUGUACCAGAAGACCAUUGGUCUUGAGUUGAACUCGAUCAAUGAGAUUUUGGGAUCUACCGACUACCACCAAACACCCGCUGAACUUGAAACGAUCAAGACUUCUUUACAGAGACUGUCGCAGAAUAUUGUGGAGAUGAACCAGCUGACGAUCAAGAGAGACGAGAAGUUGGUCAACAUGUUGACCAAGCAACGGGACAUGAACAAUGUGUGGAUCAACACCAUGAAGGACCUGGAGAUCGAACUGGCCGACAAAUCUGAGAGACUGGCUACUUUGGGCAGGGGCCGUAACACUUUAAAGAGGACACUGAGAAAGAAGAGACUAGAAAACCAGUCCAAGAGUAACCAGGUGUCCUUUGACAACGUGGCGUCGCUGAAGGUUAACGCCGGUGAUCAACCUGACGACACAUUGGCUGAUAUUGCGAGGUUCAUCACCGCGACAAAGGACGAGGAUGAACAAUCUGACGCUGACGAAUUCUACGAUGCGGAGGAACUGCUAGACGAUUUGGAGAUGGAGGGCACAAGAAGCAUCACAUCUGGCGGCGCCUUGUCGUAUACGAAGACCAACGAGGAGGAAGUGCACCAGCCAGCGUCUGAGGAGCCAAGAGCGAUUGAUUCGCAACUGGAUGAGGAAGAGCUCACCAUGAGACCAGCAAGGGUACAGCGCGUUGUUUAUGCCCCUGUCUCAGAUGAUGUGCAGCAUACGUUUACCGAAAAGUCUGGUAUGAUACCACAGGGUAAUGUGGAAGAGGCGUUGGAGGCUAAGCAGAAAAUGGCAUCCUUCAUCAGUGGUGAAAGGGCAAGAGAAGCUGGUGAGAUACAAGCGAGCAAAGAGAAGGAGAAUGCUGGUGAGGUACAAGCGAGCAAAGAGAAGGAGAAUGCCGAUGAGGCAGUCUCAACCCAUGAACCUGUUGCUGCCAACAAGGAAAGCGGGUCGAAGCAGCUGGUCCCCAAGCACCCUGUUGGGUUGACAAAGAGUCAGAAGGAGAAGGAGUUGUUUCUGUGGAAGGAAGGCUCGUUCCUUGGUUACGAGGACGGUGUUCGGAAACGGUUGCGGUUGUCUCAAGAUGACAGGCCUAAAGUUAGUCUGUGGACUGUACUAAAAUCGAUGAUUGGUAAAGAUAUGACACGGAUGACUUUACCCGUAGUGUUCAACGAACCCACUUCAUUAUUGCAAAGGGUCGCCGAGGAUUUGGAGUUUUCCAACCUACUUGAUGACGCUGCGACGUUCCCUGAUUCUACUUUGAGAUUGCUUUACGUUUCCAUUUUCACUGCAUCGUGCUACGCGUCGACAGUAGACAGAAUUGCGAAACCGUUCAACCCAUUGCUCGGGGAGACCUUUGAGUAUUCCCGUCCUGACAAGAACUACCGGUUUUUCGCUGAGCAAGUGUCACACCAUCCUCCAAUCUCUGCGACAUGGACGGAGGCUCCCAAAUGGGAUUUCUGGGGGGAGAGUGCCGUGGACACGAACUUCAACGGGCGUUCGUUUGGUGUGAAGCAUUUGGGUCUGUGGUAUAUCAAGCUGCGUCCUGACAACGGCGACCCUGAGGAGUUGUACACUUACAAGAAGCCAGACAACACUGUGAUCGGUAUCCUUGUUGGGAACCCGCAGGUGGACAACCACGGGGAGGUGCGGAUAGUGAACCACACGAACGGGGAGUACUGUGUGUUGAACUUCAAAGCUCGUGGGUGGAGGUCCUCUAGUGCGUACGAGAUGAAAGGUGAAGUGUUCGACAAGAACAACAAGAAGAUGUGGGUUAUUGGUGGACGGUGGAACGACUCGAUCUACGCGAAGCGUGUGACGGGCAAGGGUUCCUCUGGAGACAUCGGACUGGACCACAAGUCGAAGGGCACAGCCCGGGAGAGCACAAAGCCGGACUACGAGGGGCACAAGUUCCUUGUUUGGAAGGCGAUCAAGAGGCCUCCAGCCCCCUUCAACUUGACCCCAUUCGCGAUCACACUGAACGCGCCACAGAAACAUCUUGUCCCCUGGCUACCCCCCACUGACACGCGUCUAAGACCAGACCAGCGUGCGAUGGAGGAGGGCGAGUACGAUAAGGCCGCUGAGGAGAAGAACCGUGUUGAGGAGAAACAGCGUGCCGUGCGCAAGACCCGGGAACAAGAGGGCACCAAGUACGAGCCCCGCUGGUUCGCCCGGGACGUGCACCCUGUCACGAAGAAGCCCUUCUGGCACUACAAGGGUGAGUACUGGACCCUGCGUGAGUCCAAGAAGCUCGCGGGCGAGGGCGAUAUCUUCUGA